UCCGGCCCCCCACGGCCCCGGAGAUGGGCGUUUGGCUGCCCCGUGGCUUGUUGGUACCUGCGGGAGGGCGCCCGGUGGAAAGUCCCUUCCCUUCAUGAGCAGCUCCUGCUCCUCGCCCCGGGCUCUCGCCAUGGACACUAUGAAAACCACCUACAUCGUGCUGGAGCUGAUCAUCGCCGUGCUGUCCAUCGCUGGCAACGUCCUGGUCUGCUGGGCCGUGGCCAUCAACAGCACCUUGAAGAACGCCACCAACUAUUUCCUGGUGUCCCUGGCGGUGGCUGAUAUCGCCGUGGGCUUGUUGGCCAUCCCUUUUGCCAUCACCAUCAGCAUUGGAUUCCAGGUGGAUUUUCACAGCUGCCUCUUCUUCGCCUGCUUCGUGCUGGUGCUGACACAGAGCUCCAUUUUCAGCUUGCUGGCCGUGGCCAUCGACAGGUACCUGGCUAUUAAGAUCCCGCUGAGGUAUAACAGCCUGGUGACCGGCAAGAGGGCGAGAGGACUCAUCGCCGUGCUGUGGCUCCUGUCCUUUGGAAUUGGACUGACUCCACUUAUGGGCUGGAAUAAAGCCAUGAGCGGUUGUCCCAACGCCACCAACGAGACGGGGGCUGAGGCGGGGUCGGAGCACCACGGCUGCUUCAUCUCCUGCCUCUUCGAGAACGUGGUCACGAUGAGCUACAUGGUGUACUUCAACUUCUUCGGCUGCGUGCUGCUGCCACUCGUCAUCAUGCUGGGCAUCUACAUCAAGAUAUUCAUGGUGGCCUGCAAGCAGCUGCACCAGAUCGAGCUGAUGGGCAACUCCAGGACCACGCUGCAGAAGGAGGUGCACGCGGCCAAGUCUCUGGCCAUCAUUGUGGGGCUUUUUGCCUUCUGCUGGCUGCCCCUGCACGUCUUGAACUGCAUCACGCACUUCCACGAGGACUUCUCCAAAUCCAAGCCUGAGUGGGUGAUGUACGUGGCCAUCACCCUCUCCCACGCCAACUCCGUCAUCAAUCCCAUCAUCUACGCCUACCGGAUCAGGGACUUCCGCUACACCUUCCGCAAGAUCAUUUCCAAGAUCCUCUGCAAGGCGGACGACCUCCCCAAGGGCACCACUGACAACAACCAGCACCUGACUGUCACCAACAUCAACUGCCCCGUGGCCUCGGUGACCAUCUGAC